AUGCCGGUGCACCAAUGGAUAAUCGGGAUGAGAUUCUCCAACAGUCGCAUUGAGACGCAGUUUCCGCCCCCAUCCUCACAAGUCUGUGAGCGACGCCAGCUGGUGCAACAAGCCCGAUGUGAGGGGGCCUGCCGAAAUUCAGCCAAGCGACAGCGGUUGUUGUCACGACGACAUGGCACCAUCGCUUGUCCAACAUAUACCGCCUCACUUUCAGCUGGACUAGCAACCGAAGAUAGUAACGGGGUGACAACAACUGAGACAGCGUGUCCAUUUGUCGUUGGACUAGGCCCUUCAACGGGCAGACUGGUCCGUAAACCGGAGAAAUACAGGCGCUAUAGCGCUGCAAACGAUGCGAAGAAGAACAUAGGCCACGUACUUCCAUGGAUUAUUCCCAAAAACCAAGCGGAAGUUUACAGACAGUACUUCAAAUUGCGACGCCCAAAAGUUUAUAGUUCAUAA